GUGUUUCCGGGUUAGGCCGCGACACCCGCACAGAUCCGAGCAGAAAUGGCAAACCGGUUGCUGGUCGGGAUCGCUUGGGAUGGUUUUCCCGACUAUUUCAGUUGGUGUUGGCGAAACCUUUCUUGCUUGGCCACGUCAGUAGCCCUUAGGUCGGGUUGGUUACUCCGCACCUCCUAGCGUUCAUGCCUGUAUUCGCCUCGUCAUUCUCUGACUCCCUAACCUUUUCAUUCUUCAUGAUCACUAUAACUGUUCGUGUUUUGGACCGCAGAAAGAACUAAUAGUUCUGAAAAUCCAGAUGUGACAGCUACUCUGCACUGCUUUUAAUGGAUUUACAGUCUAUUCAGGAAAGCAGCACAUGCCACAGCAGUUCCUCACAACCUGUGGGACCAGAGCAUCUUGGGUGUGUGACAAUGGAAGAGUUGGAUGCCUUAUUGGAGGAACUGGAGCACUCCACCCUCCAGGACAGUGAUGAACCCUCCAGCCCAGCUCCUCUUCCCCUCGAUCAGCGCUCCAGAAAGGACAGUGACCUUGCUGAAACUUCAGAGACCAUUGUUCAGAAUGAUACAAGUUCCUUGCCGGUACAGCUCGUGUAUACGACCCAUAUCCAGGAGCCCAAUAUCUACAGUAAGGUCCAAGAGCCAGAGGAGGCCUCACAUCCCCCUAAAACCUCAGCAGCUGCUCAGCUGGAUGAGCUCAUGGCCCACCUGUGUGAGAUGCAGACUCAGGUUGCAGUGAAAGCAGAUGCCAGCAAGAAGCACCCAGCGAAUAAGCAGGAUCCCAAGGCCUCCCUGGACUCAAUGCUGGGGGAUUUGGAGCAGGAUCUGCAGGACCUUGGAGUUGCCACAGUGUCCAAGGGCCACUGUGCUUCCUGUCGGAAACCGAUUGCUGGGAAGGUGAUCCAUGCUCUAGGGCAAGUGUGGCAUCCAGAGCACUUUGUCUGCACUCACUGCAAGGAGGAGAUCGGCCCCCAGCCCUUCUUUGAGCGGAGUGGCUUGGCCUACUGCCCCAAGGACUACCACGAUCUCUUUUCCCCACGCUGUGCUUACUGUGCUGCUCCCAUCCUGGAUAAAGUGCUGACAGCAAUGAACCAAACCUGGCACCCAGAGCACUUCUUCUGCUUUCACUGCGGAGAGGUGUUUGGUGCGGAAGAGAUAAUUGGCCCCAGAGAGAGCCUCCAGGAAAGUUACUGCUGAAACUUUCUCCGUUUAUUGGAUCACUAAAUGCAGGGACAUCACAGCAAGUUCGGCUGAUUGCUUUUGAUUCCUCUCCUGAGACUCACCCUAGUUGAAACAGAGGCUGUUCCUUCCCUGCUGUGUUAUUCUGGAGACCAGCUACCCUGCAAAUGCCUAGAUGAGGGUCAUUCUCAGGUCAUUUGGCGUGUCUUAGAAUUUUCUCAAGUAACACCUACUUACAGGCAAGUUCAGUUUUAUGUCACUUGCUUUAUGGAGCGUACAUGCAAAUUUGGGGACCCCACCCCCGAUCUACUGAAUCAGAAGCUCUGGGGGUGGGGCCCAAGCGAUCUGCAUAUUGACUAGCUCUCCAGGUGCCUGCGGGAUACACACUGAAUUUGAGAACUACCGGGCCACACAAAAACAAGGAAGAUGGUUGUAGGUGCUGGUUUGUUCUUCUGAAGUGGUAGGCCUUCCUGCAUUCUGUUGUCUUUGAUCAGACUCUAGACGUUCUUUGAUAGAGUGGAAAAAGUAAAGUGAGUUCUUCUAUGUCCAGGGGCUUUAACAGAACAUAGGACAGCUUAUAAAAUUACUAGUUUCUUAGAUGCAUAGGCUCAGAAGUCUAUUCAGUUGUCUGUUCUUCAAAGACAGCAUAGUUGAACAAAGCAAGGGAUAUCCAAAAGUGACCAGAGAGAACAGAAAAAGUGUGGUUGCCUGAUUUGGGUCCCAAACCCCAGGCUGCUCUUACUGCCUUUUUGGAUCUGGCUACUACUAUCAAAAUGGGCUCCUAGAAGUGUGUUUCCACAGUGGGCUGCUUUCCAGUCCACUUGGCUUACAUGCUCUUUCGGUUCGAGUACAGGCAGAGCUCUCAUAUUUACAAAGCUUUUGGGCUCAGCUGAUACUAUCAGUCCUCACAGAGAGGUCACCACUAGCGUAUAUUUAAAUUAAGGGUAUGACUUUGAAGUUAGGCUUUGAAGUUAGGCCUAGACUUGAACAUCAGGUCCCCUGUUGACUAGUUUGUUAUAUGUAAUUUCUCUGAGCCUCCCUUUUCUCCUUUGUGAGAUGGGAGCAUUGCUGUGAAGAAUUCAAUUUCAAUUUAGUACCACAGGUAGAGCCCUCAUUUGGAACCGCUACAAAGCACGUGCUAUGUAAAUGGGAUUGCUGGUGGUCAUCUUCACAUUAGACGGGCUCUCCUGACAGAUGCUAAGGAGAGUUCCUUACAGAAGAGGGCACCUGUUUACACAGGUGUUAUAGUUAGUCCUGGAGGGGCUCUAAACCACAGCAUACUUCUGGAGCCUCUGAUGGUCUCAGUUGUGCAGUUGUAACAUUGUUGACAUGUCUGCUCAUUCAGUAAAUAUUUAUUGAGCAACUACUAUCUGUGUGUCUAAGUACUGUUCUAGGUACAAGGGAUACGGCAACAAAAGACAGAGUUUCUGCCCUCAUGGUGCAUAUAUUCUAGUUGAGAGAGACCGAUAAUCAUCAGAACUAGCCAGCUAAUUAACUCACUCACUCUAUGCUUAUAAUUCACUUACAACUUACCCACCAUUUUAGGAGAAGGAGUGAUAGGGUGCUGUUUGAGACAGGGUAGGUGGGUCUGUUGUUCUGUUGAACACGCCCCUUCAUGAGGUGGAGGACCAAACUGUCUGGGAAUCUUAGAGAAGUGCUUCUCAAGGCAGAGGGCACGUAUUACUUAAAUAGGUGCUUGAAGAUGAACUAUUUUAUUAUAUUUUUCUUUUUUAAAUGUAAAGAUGAUUAAAAAACCUUGUGGAAACCUUCACUUAAAAUCUAUUACCCUUGUUAACAAAUAUAACAUAAAAAAAGUUUCCCUAGUAAUAUUUUUCUACAUUUGGUAUUUAUGCAAAAUACCAUAAUUAGUUAGGUGUACCUAAAAGUCCUUUUCAUCACUUAAGAAUUUCCUCAUGUGACUUUAUAAUUUUAUAAUAAUAAUU